AUGCUCGCCCGCGUCCUUCGCACGGCUGCCGUGUUGGCCUGCCUUCUGGCAGCUGCCUCGGCCCAACAGGCUGCCCAACAGGCAGCCCCCCUGCAAGCCCAGCAGGUCCCUCUGGAGCCCUUUGUGGAGGUGGACAUCUGCCUGCCCGUCAGCGUGCUGAUCAAGCCCGACGCCGCCGCCAAUGCCGGCUACUCGAUUGCGCUGGAGGCGGAGCAGGCUGUGCUGUCCGCCCUCUCCUACAACGUCACCGACUCGGUGCUGCUGCUGGGCAGCACCGCCGACUUUGUCACAAGCAGGCCAAUCAAGGUCACGGUCACCAUGCCCGCCGGCGCGCUGCAGGCGGUCAACCACCAGGGCACGGGCGCCGAGGUGUUUGUGGCGCCCGGCUUCACCCUGCCCAGCUUUGUCGCCUCAACCUCCUUUGGCGCGGGCCGCCUGUUUGUGGACGGCAUGGUCGCCCAGAACGCCACGCUGCUGCUGUCCGGCACCGGCGACGCCGUGCUGCAGGGCAGCUUCGGCAGCGUGACCGCCACCAGCACCGGCACAGGCGGCCUCUACAUCUCAGGCGUCAACGACACCGCCAGGCUGGACCUGCGCGGCGUCAGCAACGCGUUUGUGCAGCCCGCGCUGCCCACCACCGCCAUCACGGGCACCGCCCAGGGCAUCAACACUUACACUGAUGGUACGUGCCAGAUGCAGUCCGGCUUCACUUUCCUCCAAAUCUGCCAGCUCGUGCCCUUCAUCGCCACCCCCGCCGCCAACCCCGUCUGGACCUGCGGCCUGCAAGUGCAGGGCAGCUUCCAGUGCAGCGACCAGGGCGCCGCCUUCACCAGCAGGGGCGGCUUUGUGGGCACCUCUGGCGCUGAGGGCACCGUGCCGGUCACAACCACCACCCCCAACGGAGUCUCGGCCUUCACCCCCAGCAGCUUCCAGUUUGCCGGCGCCAGCCCCGCGGGCCCGGGCACCGGCACCCAGCAGCAGGCCGGCGCCGUCACCCCCGGCGGCACCACCGCCUCCUCCAACGUCGCCGGCACCGGUUCGGUGGGCGCAACCUCUGUGGCGGGCCCUGGCGGAGCCACCACCUCCACCACUCAGAACGGCGCCAGCACCGGCUUCCAGACCACCGGCCAGCAGACGAGCGGCUCCGGGACGGCCGCCGGCAUGGGCACGGGCACGGCUGGGCAGCCGGCAGCAGGCGGCACCUCCCCUGGCGUGAUCCGCACCGGCGCCGACGGCCAGAGCCAGGCCACCGCCACCUCCCAGGCCUGCGUGGCGAUGGCACCCGAGCUGCGCAUGCCGCUGCGCGGCGCAGACUGA